AUGUCAACUUACUCAGCCCUGACGGCCAUCCACGGAGCUGGUGUGGAGGGUGUACAGGAGAAAGGCCUGGUCAGCUGUUGUUCUUGGUCAGCCAAACUCAAAACCUUCUAUGAGUUCUCACAGAAGCUUGAGUCCAGCCUGCGGUGUCUCCUGGACGUCCUCACCAGCUCUGCUUCGACUCCCACUCAGCACCUGGAGCAGAAACAGGCUCUGGCUCGGCAGUUCGCCCACAUCCUGCACUUCACGCUGCGCUUCGACGAGCUCAAGAUGACGAACCCGGCCAUCCAGAACGACUUCAGCUACUAUCGACGAACCAUCAGCCGCAUGAGGAUCAACAACCUGUCUGCCGACACAGGAAAUGAAGUCAACAACGAGCUGGCCAAUCGGAUGUCUCUGUUCUACGCCAGCGCCACGCCGAUGCUGAAGACGCUAAGUGAUGCUACGUCAAAGUUCGUCUCAGAUAACCCCGACGUCCCGAUUGAAAACACAACAGACUGUCUGAGUACGAUGGCCAGCGUCUGUAAAGUGAUGUUGGAAACACCGGAGUACCGCAGUCGUUUUGCCAGUGAGGAGACGGUGUUGUUCUGCCUCCGUGUGAUGGUCGGUGUCAUCAUCCUGUACGACCACGUUCACCCAGCUGGAGCCUUCGUUAAGACCUCCAAUAUAGAUAUGAAAGGUUGCAUCAGAGUGCUGAAGGAGCAGCCGCCCAGCAGUGUGGAGGGAUUACUCAACGCUCUCAGGUAUACGACCAAACAUCUGAACGACGAGGCGACCCCGAAGCAGAUCAAAAACAUGUUGCAGCCAAAUUAAAACUCAAAGCUUCUUCAGCAGAACUGAAACUGGAACGAUGCUCGAGUCCAAAGUGUUGUGGUCCAAAUUUCAAAGAAACUACUGAACAAACCUGUAGCUGAUAUUUCUUUGUUUAACCUCAUUUUAUUUUAAAUUCUCAUUUGAAUAGAAAAAGCUGUUUUUGUUGUUGUUUAAAAAAAAAGAAGAGAAACUUCUGAAAAGAUUGAAAAUCAGCUGCUGAGCUCGAGCUGCAUUCACGUCACGUCAGAGACAAAGUUUAUUCUGAACAAGUGAACGAUGAGAAUAAUAAUUCAGUUUAUUUAACUCUCCAGAAUUUGCCAAAAACAGAAAAAAAUGAUAAAUUUGAUAUUGAGAGCGCCUCCUAGUGGUUGCAAUGAAAUUGACAGAACAAACAACAUACUGAUGAUUUGACCUCGACGUUGAAGAUGGAGAAAUACCGUUUGAUUUGGGUUUUUCCACAGAUAGACAGAAUGUGUGACGUAACUUCAGUCUCACUUUUCCAUCCAGACGCCUUUAGUGUGGCCAACGUCACAUCAGCACGUUCAUACUCAUAUGUUAGUGUUCUGUAGUUUGUUGAACACAUGAACUGAAUCUAUAACUUCCAGACAUACCUGAUAAGCCUUUCCAGUGCAGGAGGCAGACGUGAAGUUCCUCUAGUGAUGCAGAAUGAACAACAUGAGCAUCUGCGGCCGCUCGAUUUGAGUCGACCUGUCGUGACCCGGAGCUGCAGACUUUCCGUCUGUUUGUAUUUGUACUUCUUCCGUGACCUGAAUGCAGCUUCAUUCUUCUCAUGCAGCACAGAUCUGUUAGCUGCCAGCUCUCAAAGUUUGUUGGAGGCUCCACAGAUCUGAUGGAUCAUCACUUCAGACCUUUUUCCACCAUGAGAACUCCUUUCGAGCACGCAGGAACUUUCACACUGGAGGAACCUUGUUCUGGUUGAGCUCCUCGGCUACAGUUCCUACCUCAGAAAAAAAAAGUCUCUGUGGCCGAGGUCAAACUUUGGAGUUCCCAGUUUAACAUGGCUGAACAUCACUGAUUGGUCAAACACACACAAACACACGCUCAGAGAAUCUUAAAGCAAACAACAAUCUGAGUUUUUAUUUUUGUAACUUCAGCCGUCACAGAGCACGUGUCCAUCGGACCGGGUUUUAACCUGCAGUCUGCAGAACAGUGACGUUCUUGAGAGUCUGGAGAGAUUUCUUCUUCCUUUUCUGAUUAGUUUGGAGUGCAUGCUCCGUUUGUAAAGGUGCGGUUGUGGGUUUAUCAAACUACACCCACAAAGUCCUGAUGAAGCUGAUCAUUAGAUCUAUUUUAAUGUUAAACUCUUAAUUAAUUGAAAAAGAAAAACAGAUCGGCGUCACGUUAAAAGUUUGUUUUCAUGUUGUUAUGUACAAUUUAUCGUUUAUAACAAAAAAACUUGAAUUGUUAUAACGAUAUACGGCGAUGCUUUUAUAAUAACUAAAGAAUGUGCCUCAGUUAUUAUUUAAGACAUUUAAGAUUUCAAACCAAAUCUUAGUUCAUCUCUAAACCGCUUCAGCAUAAUGUCAUUUCAGAUAAACCUUUCAUCACGCUGCUGUGGGUGAAUCCUGAAUGUCACUUUGUAAUUUGCUCGAUCUGCAGACGCUCAAAUGAACGAGGUGCAGCCUGAAGAUCGUGUUUUUUAAACUGUAGGUGAACUCGUGCUUCAACGUUUCAGACACUUCCCUAACAUCACGCAGUUUAAAGAAGUUCCUGGUUGCUUGAAUGUGCACUUCCUGUGGUUUCUUUGGUGGAAAAGGGUCAAACACUCAGUAGCCAGUUUGUUUGUUGAAUUGAAACAGCUCAUUGGUCCCCGAAGACGAGCUGCUGGUGUUACUAACAUCUGGUUAAACUGUAGUUUUCUCAGCCGCUCUGUUUGGGCUCGUCCACUGUGUGUCGGAUGGUUCCCACAUUGUUUCAUUAUUUGUUCAAAGUCGUGAUAAAACAUGAAUCUCACCUCUGUGAGUGUGCCGGGUGUUUUCUGCUCUCCGGCCUCAGGGGGGCAGACAUGAGAUGUUUCACCUGAACGCUUUGACAAAAAGUCAGAUUUAUGUUUUUCACCUCUCUGUGGGAAACGUCGCUGACACGGUGGAUGAGACAAACAUUUCUGCACCUUUCUGGAACUAUGUGAAUCUGAAAAACUCACGGUAUGAUUUGAAAAGCAGUGAGAAUGACGUGUGAUUUAUUUUUGCUGUGACCUGUGGACGCCUGACACGGGUAGCACUGUGAUAAACUGGCUACUGAGAGGCAGUUUGGGUUUAGAGAAGGAGAACCACUGUGACGACAAAGAAGCGGUACUGAUGUGAGGGGAACCUCAGACUGAUGUUGAACUGAUCUGAUCAGUGGGACUGCUGACUGGAAAUCUUUACAAGCUUUUAUGUUUUGUCUUGUACGUUAACGCUGCAAAUGUCAGGGAUUGUAUGGCAUUAAUUGUUUGAAAUUAUGUUUGUGUUGGCCAAAUAAAGUUUUUACAUUUUUAA